AUGAGAGUAUCAGUUUCAUCUCCUCCUCGUCUCCACUCUCCGUUCAUUCACUGUCCCGUCAACUUCACUCCGUCUUCUUUCCGUCUCCGGUCAACGUCAACAUCUUAUCCACGAGUCAAAGCAGAAGUCGACACCAACACGGUGGUUGCAAUAUCUGUUGGUGUAGCCAGCGUCGCAUUAGGAAUAGGAAUCCCUGUCUUCUACGAGACACAAAUCGACAAUGCAGCUAAGCGAGAGAAUACUCAACCUUGUUUCCCCUGCAAUGGAACUGGAGCUCAGAAAUGUAGAUUAUGUGUGGGAAGUGGUAACGUGACAGUAGAGCUUGGUGGAGGAGAGAAGGAAGUCUCUAACUGUAUUAACUGUGAUGGUGCUGGUUCCUUGACUUGCACUACUUGUCAAGGCUCUGGUCUUCAACCUCGUUACCUUGAUCGAAGGUACAUCUCUGACAACCUUAAAGAACCCACAACAGUUUCUUUUUAG